AUGAUGAAAUUUAUGAAAUUAUUCAUUCAAGAUCGUGGCACAGACCAAAUCACUAUUGGAUCCCGCGUUGUGGCUACAAUGGAUGGCCAGGUCAUUCAACGUCCAGUAGGAUCGCUGAACAUCUGGGCUAUCGGCCAGGGCUUUGAAGGAUCAGCUUCUGAUUGGACAGAGUAUGUGGUUUGGCUUGUGGGUUUCUUUGCGCUCAUCUGGUUCAUCUGGCAGAGGAACGUUAUGGCUUUGCCAGACUCAGACUUUCCAGAGGAUGGUGAGGCAGAGACAAAGCCGCAGCCGAAUGAUUCGAAGGAGUCGAAGGAGAAAGGUUCGACCAAAAACAAGAGAUGAGACAGCGGCUUGGAAGCAACACAGGGAUCAUCAGGGAUCAGAGAAGCAAGCGACAGAGAUUGAACAAUUUAUAUAACCCUGUAGGAUGGCUUGCAAAUCUCCCAAGAAUGCCUAGUUUUGCCCCCAGCACGUAUGAACUCAAAGAAGGCAGCCAGUGAUGUAGAUUUCUCGGUGAUAAUAGGUGAUAUUCACAUGUAUUCACGAUAUUUCCCCUGGAAAUUGUGGAGAAGCUCUGGCUCUUCGAUCCGCCGUGAUGACUUGUGAUACUGAAACUCCGUAGCUUGGUAGCCUUGGAAGGCGCUGACGAAGAAGUUGGGAAGCUGUUUUACGUUUACCGGUAGAGUCUCAAAGAAGUGUGGAUUACCAAAGUGUAGAUUCACCUAUCCAGGCUCAAGCACACAGACGUACAGACUGUCCUGCGUGG